AGUGGCCUUGGGGGCAUAUCGUGUAUAUAUACGCAGGCCCACUCAGACUUCCACAGUCAGAAUUGAACGUCAUUGCGAGAGCACCGACAUCCUAACUGUUCCUCAAUACCGUGAUUGAAUUUUUGUUCUCUUGAAGCAAAGUAUCCCCGUAUUAACAAAAUGCUGCCUGCAACUUUCAAACUGUGUGCUGGAAUCUCCUACCGACAUAUGAGGAACAUGAGAGGUUUAAGAAAGAAUGCAAUUGUGGCGAUACACCAUGAGCUGGACCGACUUGCAGGUCCGGGCCCCAGUAACUGGAUCAGCCAAGUCCGGAGAAGAAGCUCCCUCCUCAGUUCUCCGAUUAAGGAGGAGGAUGGAUACAGUGAGGAGGAAAUGUCGUAUGUGAAGCAAGGUGAAGAUGCGCUGCAGAAAGCGAUUGGCAUCCUCAGUGAGCAGGAGGGCUGGAUUGUUGAAACUGUCGCUGCAAAUGGAGACAAAGUUUUGAGUAAGGUGUUGCCUGGCAUCGGAAAGGUGUUCAGGCUCGAGGUUCUGUUGGAGCAACAUCCUGACAGCCUUUAUGGAGAGUUGGUGGGUAACAUGGAGCAGAUGAGUGAAUGGAACCCAAAUGUGAAACAGGUCAAGAUUCUUCAAAAGAUCGGCAAGGACACGAUGGUGACACAUGAGGUCUCAGGAGAUACACCUGGCAAUGUAGUGGGGCCUCGGGACUUUGUCAGUGUUCGCUGUGCAAAGAGACGCGGCUCCACCUGCUUCCUGGCUGGAACGUCCACUAAUCACCCAAAGAUGCCUGAGCAGAGGGGUGUGGUCCGGGCACAGAAUGGGCCCACCUGUAUAGUCAUGAAGCCCAGCAGUGAAGACCCGAAUAAGACUAAGUUCACCUGGUUACUAAAUAUAGAUUUAAAGGGCUGGAUCCCAAAGACUAUCAUCAACAAAGUACUGUCUCAGACGCAGGUGGACUUUGCCAACCAUCUCAGGCAAAGGAUGGCCAGUCAGGUUUCCGUGGAGAUGGCUCACACCUGCUGACGCAACAUCCAUCCUGUGCUCAGUAAUGGCAGAGCAGAGACUAAUGCGCCAUCAACCCUCACAAAUACGCUAUGAUCCGCAAAGAAAAGAUAAUUAUUAGGGAAAUUAGAGGAAUAUAUUGCUUGACUUAACAUGGGGACAACCUGAGCACACCUGUUGUUUUCAUUUGACAAAAGUGAUUUUCUUACACAUCCUAAUAGCCAAUCUUUGACACCAAUCAUAUGUUCAUUCGCAUUUAGCCACUCCGCCUUGAGCUUGUCUGAGCAGUAAAACAGCUAAUGAACUGCACAUUGUUUCAGAGUGAUAACACCUUGGGUAUCAUCUAUCGUUCUGCUGUGAAAUUGCACAUUUUAUUGCAGUGCUUUAUUUAUUCAUUUUGUGCUGUUGCAAUAGCUGCUAUGUGAAUAAACCAUUUCUAUGCCAUUGAUAUUUAUGAUUGUAUGCAAAAAGACACUAAGGAUACUUGUCUCCUGAUGCUUGAAAACUCAAAUAAAUGCUACAAGACAGUCCAUAAUCUUGCCUGAC